AGCGCGAAGUAUAUAAAACGAUAGACUGGAGGAACAACACUCACUGCAAACGUUUCGCUGUCAGUUGAAAUACCGCGAUCCUAUAGGGUGAACACAGGGAAAUCAGCCGAUCAGUGGUUGUGGUAGACGAGUAUUCGACUUCUUGAAGCAGAGAGAGUGAGAGGACAGCGACGUGCUCAUCAUGGGGUUUAUGCCUGUCAGGUUGCCUUCUUUGAAGUUGGUUGUGCUGAUAGUUUUGGCAACGGUUCUCAUCCUAAAUACAUCCACGGCAAACGGAACCCUUUGUUCAAGCCUCCAUUGUGUGGACGUCAGCUCGCCUGCUUGUAAAUUCUGCAACAGGAGAGUCGGUAAGAGGACAGAAAACUAUGCAUGGAGAGACGACAGGGACACGAACAAACCAAAUGACGUAAAGAGAGGAAUAGCGACGCCAGAAUGCUACCUGGAUACAGUGGUCGGCAGCCUGCCUCAUGAGCUACAAGAGCAAGUUUUUGAGGUCUUAGAAGUGGUCCUUAAUAUGAAUUGAUAGGAGAAUACAGGACGUCCGAGACAACAGGAAAAAGGGAUGGGGCAUGCUUUUUCUCGAAACCAACAACCAACUCCUACCGGCGCAGUUGCCAAGCCUGGAACCCAAACACAGCACCUGUUUUGUGAACUCAUACAGUUAAAGUAUUUUAAUAAAAAUGGGUAGCUUUGACUAUUUUUGAGCGAGAAUAACACCCAGAAAUCAUUACGUUGACAAGAAAAAUUGGGGAAAAGAAGAAGAAAUCGACCACUGCAGUUUGGAAAGGUUUGCAUGUGGAUCACUGGUAGACAGCAAAUGCUAGGAACAAAGUCGAACUCUGGAAACGCUAGCAUGGGUGCAAACUGCCAAUACGUAUUUCCUCAGGGGUACACCCUUUAACUUGUCAUAAUGUUUGGGGGAAGUAGGUUGUCGCUUUUUACAUUUAUUUAAGGACGCUUUAGGGUAUUCAAAUUUUAACAAGCGAAUUAUUUUAAUGCCAAUUUUGUGAAAAACAAAACAAAAAGGUCAUGCUAAACUCAACAAUUAAAUAUAAAACGACUUAGCGACGUUAUAAAUAGAUGUUAGAUAUUUUAACGUGGAAGAUAUUGCUCCAACGACAGCAAGAACAAUUGUAAUAAUAAUGAGUCAUGCGAUACGAAAUUUAUAAGCAAUGCUUUAAAAUUGUGUAGCCUUCGUGCACAUGGGCUUGCUAGCGAAUUCUUGCCUUGUAAGGUGAAAUUUUGUGAUAUAAUGAUGACUCAAGACAAGAACUAUUACUGACGACGCACUGUGUAUUAUAAGUUUUGUUUCUUAAUUUAAUUAAACAAUGAUCGUUUCAAAUGAUUUCUGUAAAGUGAAGACUUAAUGCUGGUAGAGAAAUUAUCGUCUUAUAGUUAUAAUGUAGAUAGUAUAAGAUAUUUGAAGUACCAUAAGCACAUGAUUAUAGGCCUUAGGACUGAUCUCUACCACAAUAACCUCACCAAUUUCCAAACACCAUGACUUGUCUCAAAGGACAAUUGUAUCCGAAUGUCGCACAUGGCCAUGGCCGGCAAUACCCCCCCCCCUUCGUGGAAGCUUCGGCUACACUCUGCAUUCAGUGCAGCCUUAAACGACGGUACUGCGUUGGUCUGCUCUCUGGACGCAUUAUGGCAGUUCUCUUGAUAACAUCAGCCGUGUCCAAAUUACUUGAUUGCGGCUAGAAACAAUACAUGAGCCUAUUGUAGCCAUUAUCUAGAGGCUUUAUGUGUUUAUCCGAAGACAUGGAUGGGUUGUUACUGGCCGUAUAUUAACCGAUCCUGAGAAAGAAAAAUUGCAGCCGUCCUAUAGCAAGUCCAGAGCAGUGAAGUAAAAUUAACGUAGUCAGUUACUUGACAACCUGGAUAUGAAUGAUGUUGGCAUUGUUCUUCAAAAUACAACUCCCUAAAUGCACUCUUCCUCUGAAGAAAAAAAAAUGACAUCAAAAAACUUACUCGCCAGAAUUUCGAUGGGCUUUCCAGAAAGGGUGACGACGGGUGCUCUGUUCCACUCGUAUUGUAUUGUCCUCUGACUCAUAACCCACUAUUUUGGUUUGCAACAAUUAAGACACUCAUGUCGCUCUCUAUAAAAUAUCUAUAUUCACUCACAGCUCAAUUCCAUAUUUGUGGCAACUGACGACCUCUCAUUUCCCUUCCAAACUUUUAGAAAGAAACACCAAAGACUGUGGGUUGUUGCCCCAUGUCGUUCGAGCGUGGAAUAGUUGACCUUGGUCACCUGUUUAGCUCUGUACCAACAUGAGCAUGGAGAAAUUUGUUGGCUCCCAUAAGCACAGCGCCCAGGAAUUUUAUAGUCGGUACCCAAGCAAAUUGCCUUAUUGGGGACACUUGUUUUUGGUGCAUUUCUAUACUGGAAAUUUAAGGGUCAGUGCCAUUCAAUACGUGUAGAGCAAUUUUCAACGUGACCUCUCAUAUGAAAUUCUGAAAUUAAUUAAAAUUAAAACAUUAUUUGGGCGAUUCUAAAAGUGUCCUAGGCUUAUUAUUUUCUCUUUACACAGACUCAUAGUUUUUUCGAGAUGAUACUCAUAGCCGGACAGAAGAUUAUGGACACCAAAAAAAAAACUUAUUUCUUCGAUGUUGUUUACUUUGAGUUUUAUUAGUGAAUAAAAUGUGACUGAGAUAUGAAUGAA